AUGAGUGCACCAAAGAUUGGAUAUCUUUUAGUUCGAACACUAGCAAAGCCACUUGCUAAUGGCAUAAAAAAUUAUAGUAAAACUCAUCCAACUUUUAAAAAAUGGUGUAUAAACUUGGCACAGAAAACCUAUAAACUUGAAAUGAAUUUAAAUAUGUAUCUUUUGGGUCAAAAACAUCACAAGAUACGUUCAUUGAAUGAUGCCAAGUAA